AUGGCGUCGAAAUAUUUAUUUAAAGAAAAACCGUUAAAAGAAAUAAGAUCACAUUUAAUUGAAUAUUUAGGUGGAUCUGUUAAUUUAAUUAAAAAACCCAAUGGAUUGGCUAUAAUAAACCUUAAUCAAGAUUCGAAAAAAAAUGCCAUAACUGGUAAAAUGAUGGUGGAUUUAUAUGACAUUGUUGAAGAAUUAGAAUGUUGGUCCACGGGUAAAAGUAUUAUAUUAAAAGGAGAAAAAAAUAAUUUUUGUUCUGGUGGUGAUUUAGAUUUUGUUAAAAAAAUCAACACACCUGAAUAUGGUUACAUGAUGUCAACAUUCAUGCAAAAUAUUUUAAAUAAAUUUCAAAACUUACCAAUGUUAUCCCUUGCUUUAAUUGAAGGCAUAGCUUUGGGUGGAGGAGCAGAAUUAACGGUUGCCUGUGAUUUUAGAAUAAUAACGGAAAAUUGUCAAGGAAUCGGUUUCGUGCAUGGAAAAAUGGGUAUAAUACCAGCAUGGGGAGGAAUUAAUAGAUUAAUUGAGAAAAUCGGUUAUACAAAAUCCCUGGAUGUUUUAACAACAGGAAAAUUAUAUAAUCCAAAUGAAUGUUAUCAAAUUGGUUUAGUCAAUGAUAUAAUUCCAGAGAAUGAAAAUUCUUUAGAUUAUGCAAUUGAUUGGUUGGAAAAAAGAACAAAAUUCGAACCGGAAAUAAUAAGGAGUAUAAAAAAAUGCGUUAGAAAUGGACAAACAAAUCCAGAAAAUUAUAAAAUUCAAAGAGAAAUUUUUGCACCCUUUUGGGGUAGUCAAAAAAAUAAAGAAGCUCUGCUGAAAAAUAUUAAACAUAAACAAUAA